AUGAUUGUGUUCAAUAUUUGCAGAGCACCGAUAUCCCCAAUUCUAAGUGCUGCUGCCCUUCGAAAUGCCUCUAGGCUAGGUUUAAGACGCUUCUCCGGCCAUGCUGGAUCACAACCGUCGCGAGCAUGGACGCCAACACCCUAUGUUACUGAGACCAUUGGAGGUGGUUGGCGUACUCAUGACAUCUUCUCGAGGCUGCUAAUGGAACGCAUCAUCUGCCUCAACGGUGCAGUCGAUGAGACCGUAUCCGCUUCCAUUGUAGCACAACUGCUCUUCCUGGAAGCGGAUUCUCCAGAAAAACCCAUCAGUCUCUACAUCAAUACACCUGGCGGCUCUGUUACGGCUGGGUUGGCAAUUUAUGACACAAUGACAUACAUUUCGUCUCCUGUCACCACCACUUGUGUGGGUCAAGCGGCAUCCAUGGGCUCUUUACUCCUGUGCGGCGGUGCACCAGGCAAGCGCUUUUGUUUGCCGCAUUCAAGUGUCAUGGUUCAUCAGCCAAGCGGAGGAUAUUUCGGGCAGGCGAGCGAUAUUGCGAUCCACGCAAAGGAAAUUUUGAGGGUCCGGCGCCAGCUGAAUGAGAUCUACCAGAGGCAUUUGACGCGGCCGCAUAGCUUAGAUGAGAUCGAGAGGCUAAUGGAGAGGGACAAUUUUAUGGGAGCGGAGGAAGCUCUGGAGAUGGGCAUCAUUGAUGAGAUUUUGGAUAAGAGGAAUAAAGAGGAAGAGCAAAAGAAAGAAAGAUAG